CCUCAGUCUAGAAGGACGUCAGUUCUAGUCUAUCGCUUAGAGUGCCUCAGACUACUACAAGAAAUACUAACCGAUUGGAGCAGCUAACGCAGGAUGGGCAGCUGGAGAGUUCUGUUUGUCGGCGUCGCAGCCUUCUGUGUCUGCAGUGCCGCAGGAGGGGCCAACAAUGACGUCGACAGCUACAUCUACGGCAUGAGCUACUCUCGAGACCAAAUCUUGGCCUACCACGGAGAAACCAAGACCAGCGUUCCAGUUCAAACUGAGGGAAAGGUUGAUGGCAACAAGAACUUCAUCGUCAUCACCAGAGAGAAGAAAUCUGCUCAAAGUGGAACGUCUGACAUCGGAGUAGUGUCUGCCAACGAACACAGAACCUACCCUGGAUCCUUGCUGCUGGCCAACCAGAGACUCAUGGACAACAACCCAGAUGUCUUGGCAGUUGCCCGUGCUCCCUUGACCUACACGGUAAAUCUGCCAGGAUUGACCACAGACGGCCACUUCUCCAUUGACCCUACCUUCGCUAACUACCAAUCCUCAAAGGAGAAAACCCUAAAAGCAUGGUUUGAUAAGUAUUCGAAGGACCACAACGUUGUCGCUAACUUCCAGAAUGACUUUACCUUUGCCUACAGCCAGGAAUACUUGCGAGUCAAAUUUGGUAUGGAGUUCAAGAACACCCAAGUUGAAGCCAGCAUUGAUUUCAGUGCGAUGCAGAACCAAGAAAAACUCAUCAUGAUUCAUAAAUUUAAACAGAUUUACUACACCGUCAGUGUGGAACCUCAAAAGAAACCCUCAGACCUGUUUGCCUCUUCAGUGACCGCCACAGAACUUAAACAGAAGACCAACAGCAGCAGCCCCCCAGUGAUUGUUGAUAGCGUGGCUUACGGAAGGACCAUUUACGUCAAGUUGGAGACAUCCUCUACUGACAAGGAGGCCAAGGCUACUCUCGCUACUAAAGCCUCGAAUUUCGAUAUCAAGGCGGAAGCUGAAACUGAAAUCAAGAGCAAGCUGAAGGACCUUAAAAUGCAAGUGUUUGUCCUUGGAGGAAGCACUGAGCACAUUGAGCUGAUUAACGCACAGACCUUCAAGGAUGUCAACAAUGUUCUGGUAAAAUACGCAAAAUUCUCCAAAGACAAUUUGGGAUUUCCUAUUUCCUACUCGGCCAACUUUAUCAAGGACAACUCCAGAGCUGUCGUCCAGAUGAGCACAGACUACAUUGAAACUACCAGAACUGUAAACUCCAAGGGAGUUCUCAGGAUCACCCACAAGGGAGGAUUCGUAAUGCAGUGGGCCAUAACAUGGAAGGAGGUGAACUACGACAAGAAUGGAAACAAGGUGUCAACUGAGGUCAGCUGGGACAAGAACUGGAAGUCUUUGACUGCUCCUUUCAGCCAGGACAUUGAACUCCCAGGAAAUGCUCAAGACAUCAACGUCUUCGCCAGGGAAGCCACCGGCCUGGCCUGGGAGUGGUGGCGCACAGUCAUUGACAAGAAGGGCAUCCCUCUAGUCGGAGAAAGAACAAUCACAGUCUGGGGCACAACUCUCCAUCCUGAGCAUUCUAUUUCUCCCAGUGCUUAAAAUACGGUUUAGGACUGACACUUUUUUGACAUGGUAAUUGAUUUUGAACUUUUGUGAUAUUUAUGUUUGAUAACUUUUAAAAUACUCUGACCAAAAAUAAAAUUAUAGAAUGUGUAUUGUCUCUGAAAUUAAUAUGAAUAGACUUGUUAAUGUAAGAUACUAAAUGUUUUUGUAUUGUUUAAAUGUCAUUUGACUGAAUUUUUAAUAAUAAAAACAGAAUUUUAUCACA